CACACCACGGAUCCCCACGCACCCCGUCGCUUUCCCCUAACUCUCCUCAACUACCGAGUCCGCGGCUGGAUCGCGUCUUCGAAUCAUCCUCCCCGGUCAUCCUGGCCGGGCGGGGUGAGCGCACGUGCCGCCCGGGCUCCUGUGGCAGCCCGACAGAUAAGCUCCGUCAGAAUCCGCGUUAUUAGAGAGCGGGGAGGCCGACGUCUCCGUGAUGCCAGCGCUCUCCGGACGCCGGUGCCAGCCGCGUGCACGUGUGCCGUCACCUUGCACUGACAGAAGGCGCCGGUGUUUUGGGGAGGUGGAGACCAUGCUCUGUCAUUGAGGAGCUCAGCGACGGCGCUCUCGCGCUCCGGCACGUCCGACGCUCGGCACGCCGCAUCCUGAUGCGCCCUCGUCCGCACGCUGCGGGCCACCUGGAUCCCUGUGUGCUUCCGCGCGUUCGCCGAUGUCACGCGAGCGGAGGAUCGGAGCGGCCGCGCAUCGCUGACGCGUCUCGAUGGUCGCACCUGCGGAGCGAGGCACGUCCCGAGUGUCAAAUACGAUACGAGCCGUCCUGCGGAUGCGCCGUCGCCGUUUCGCCUCCGGCGCCGCUCCAAGUGCGUGCGAUUCAUGAUUCAUCCCUGCGCUCGCACGGGCGAUCCUUAGAGCGCGUUGCUUGUCCUUCUUCAAGAUGGAACGGUUCCAGUCUUCCAUGCGCAAGCGGCUGUACAGCUUGCCGCAAAACAUUGGGCAAAACCCCUUCGUGACGGACGAAGGAGACAAGGACACCAAGCGGAAAAGUAUCAGGCUAAAACAUUUGUCCUCCCUGUCGCCCGCGAGCAGUUGCAAAAGCAUCGACGAGGCCACGAGCGGAGACUUUGAGAGGGACGUCACCGUCAAGACCAACUUAAACGGGGACUGCCGUUUAUUUGGAGGCAGCGUCUCCUCCAUCACCGGGCGCCGUCCUCCCGGGUCGGAGCCGCCGGAGCAGCAGCGCCUCAUCCCCGAAGCUGAGUCCGGAGUCAGAGAGAGUUUCCCCGGCGAGCGCGGCCCCGGGGCCCAGCAGCGGGCGACGGGUGGUCUGAGUGGCGCAGCCGGCCAGGCGUCCCUGUUCGACCAGUCGAGUUUCAUCAAGUUGGAGGGCGCCGAGCAGAUAAUACCGGAGGAUGACCGGCUGUACCAAGCCGGGUUCAUGCACCGCCAGUUCGGGGCGAUGCUCCAGCCCGGAGUCAACAAGUUCUCCCUGCGCAUGUUGGGCAGCGAGAGGGCCGUGGAGCACGAGAGGGAACGCGUAAAGUCUGCUGGCUUCUGGAUUAUCCACCCCUACAGCGAUUUUAGGUUUUACUGGGAUCUGACCAUGCUGCUGCUGAUGGUGGGCAACCUCAUCAUCAUCCCCGUUGGCAUCACCUUCUUCAAGGACGAACACACGCCGCCCUGGAUCGUCUUCAACGUGGUCUCAGACACCUUCUUCCUCAUGGACCUGGUCCUCAACUUCCGCACAGGCAUCGUCAAGGAGGACAACACGGAGAUCAUCCUGGACCCGCAGCAGAUCAAGAUCAAGUACCUGAAGGGCUGGUUCGUGGUGGACUUCAUCUCCUCCAUACCUGUGGACUACAUAUUUCUCAUCGUUGAGACACGCAUCGAUUCGGACUUUUACAAGACGGCCAGAGCCCUGAGGAUUGUACGCUUCACCAAGAUCCUCAGCCUGCUGCGACUCCUGCGCCUCUCCAGACUCAUCCGUUACAUCCACCAGUGGGAAGAGGUUUUCCAUAUGACCUAUGAUCUGGCCAGCGCCAUGGUGCGGAUCAUGAACCUGAUUGGUAUGAUGCUGUUGCUGUGUCACUGGGAUGGAUGUCUGCAGUUCCUGGUUCCAAUGCUGCAGGACUUUCCUGCUGACUGCUGGGUCACUAGAAACAAGAUGGUGAACGACACAUGGGGUCAGCAGUACUCCUACGCCCUGUUUAAGGCCAUGAGUCACAUGCUGUGCAUCGGGUACGGCCUGUACCCCCCAAUCGGCAUGGCUGACGUGUGGCUCACCAUCCUCAGCAUGAUUGUGGGCGCCACCUGCUUCGCCAUGUUUGUAGGGCAUGCAACUGCACUCAUUCAGUCUCUGGACUCCUCCAGAAGGCAGUACCAAGAAAAGUACAAGCAAGUGGAGCAGUACAUGUCCUUCCAUAAGCUCCCCGCUGACAUGCGUCAGAGGAUCCACGACUACUAUGAACAUCGAUAUCAGGGCAAGAUGUUUGAUGAAGAAAGCAUUUUGGAGGAGUUGAAUGAGCCGCUGAGAGAGGAGAUUAUUAACUUCAACUGUCGUAAGCUGGUGGCGUCCAUGCCUCUGUUCGCCAACGCCGACCCCAACUUCGUCACCUCCAUGCUGACCAAGCUGCGCUUCGAGGUCUUCCAGCCGGGCGACUACAUCAUCAGAGAGGGAACCAUUGGCAAGAAGAUGUACUUCAUCCAGCACGGCGUCGUCAGCGUCCUGACCAAGAGCAGCACGGACACGAAGCUGUCCGACGGCUCCUACUUCGGAGAGAUAUGCCUGCUGACGCGCGGCAGGCGGACCGCCAGCGUGCGAGCAGAUAACUACUGUCGGCUGUACUCUCUGUCCGUGGACAACUUCAACGAGGUGCUGGAGGAGUAUCCCAUGAUGAGGAGGGCCUUUGAGACCGUGGCUCUCGACCGCCUGGACCGCAUCGGGAAGAGGAACUCUGUUCUUCAGCAUAAAGUUCAGCAUCACCAAAGCUCCGGUGCACUAAAUCUUCAAGAGAAUGAAAUCAUCCAAAGAAUAGUGCAGCAUGACCGUGACAUGGCCCAGUGCACGCAGCUGCUCCAGACCAGCACUGCUCAGAGCCUGAACCCUGCUCCCGCUCUCCCAUCACCCCCUUCUGUCAUCUGGGCUCCGCUGGUUCAGGCCCCACUCCAGGCUGCUGCAGCCACCACCCCACUAGCUCUGGCCUUGGCCCACCACGCCCAGCUGCCUCCCAUCCUCUUCCACCAUCCUCUGGCACCUGGAUCUGGAUCCCUGAAGGAUCCCACCAGUCAUCCAAAGAGAGUCCAUCUUGGGGGGAACACGUCCAGUACGUGUGGUUCAGGGCCUGGUUCUCCUGCAAGUUCUAUCAAAUUCCACCCUGGGCCUGUCUCACCCACACUGGCCUCCCAGCCCAUCUUCACCAGUAGCCUGCAGCCCCUCACCACUCUGCCCACACACCAGCCCCCUCACCAUCCUCCUCAUUCUGGUGUUGCCUCUGUCUUCCCCAUUAGCCAGGCCACCGUUUCCUACACCUGCUCUGCUCAGCUCCAUUCCCAGCCCUUCCACGGGGCUAUGACCACUCCACCCCACCCACUAGGCUUAGUCCAGCAGGGGGUGCCAGGGAGAACAGCAGGACGAUUCCCAGUCCCCAUCUCCUCCACCAUAAGCCCUCUGAUCUCCAGCUCUGUAAGCCCCAUACUAAGCCAGCUGCAACCGACCCCUUAUGCUGUCCCCCAGCUGAUGGGGUCCAGCCAUGAUAGAGCAGGCAGGACAUCCCGAGGUCUGAACCUUCCACAUUUACCCUUCAUCACCAGCACCCAGUCCUCCACUGGAUUUAUUCAGCCUGUGACUGGAGUCACAGCCGGAGUCACAGCUUCUCUGGCCCAGCACAGCCUGGCAGGUCUCCAGUCUGUUUUCCUCCCCCAGGUUCUCCCUGAGCACUCCGCUCUUGCCUCGCUGGCCCAGUACGGGUCAGUUGAAGGCUCCCCCUGCCCCACACCCCCCAUGCACAGUCCCAACUUUCAAAGCCCCGUGAGAAGAAGGACAGUUUACCACAGUGACACUCAUAGCCCUCUAACCCCUCACACCUCAUGCCCUGCCAGGGUGGCCUGUACCUUCAAAGAGAGGGCUGAGUCCUCGGUGGAUCUCUUUACCCAGGAAAUAAAGACUAUCUCAGGCUCUCACAGCGCUAUACACCAGGAACGGCCUUUGGCCACGAGUAGCUCCUCAGAGAGGGUAGUGUGGGUAUCCAGCCCCUUCUCCUCCCCCAUGGCUGUCAGUAAACCUUACAUGCCAAUCCCAGGUCAAGCCACUCCACUCAGCCGGACUCAUUCAGGGCCUGAACCUCAGAACCUGUCCACUACCGUUCAUUCCCCUCACACUAGGUCUCCUGCUAAGAGUUUAGAGACCCAACACAAACUUCCAUCCAACUUGUGAGGUUCAGACACACCCUCCUUUGAUGCCUGAACAGAUUGUCUCCCUCACAGCAUUGUUUACCACUAUUUUGUCAAAUUUGAAAGAAGGAGGGUGUGGUUUAAUCAGAUUGGAAAUCAGUGAUUUCAUUUUUAAUCAGAGUGAAUGGACGAUGAAUAAUAAUGGACAGGGACUAUUAUUUUCUACAGGAUAUUGCUUAUUUAAAUAUAGUGAUAAAAUCCAAAAUCUGAUGGCUAUAUAUAUAUAUAUAUAUAUAUAUAUAUAUAUAUACACACAUAUAUCACCUCAUGAAAAUAUCAAGUGUUCUGUGUAUUAUAUUAUAACCCCAUGCUGUCAUAUGUUAUGUGUAUUUGUUUAAAAUCCCACUGAACAAGCACUUUGUGUCACCUUUUAGCUGCAACACUUUAGGCAGAUUUGUCAAUGACUGUAUCCAGUUAUGACUGAAACCAAAAAUGAUUGCCCUCUUUUUAUAUCCUUUCUCAGAAAGCGAGCGAGCCGUGUGAAUGCAACGUUACCCCCCUAAGAGAUUUUAGGAGAGACAGACUGUGUGUUUGGUUGUUCUGGAGAUCCCCUAAUGCAAAGGUUGGAUGGUGGCAAGUCUUCCGAGAUGGCGUUUGAGCAAUAUUGCACGAUUACAUUCAAAAACACACAAAAGCAAUGAAUGUAAUGUAAAAUUUGUCCGUCUGGGCGAGAGACGUGGGAGUUGCGCCUUCGUUUCACGUGAGGGCGAUGAUGGUUUUAAGUGGAAUCUUCUGUGCGAAGGCUGCAUGCGUUGGGUCCCUCCACGCGCGGCGAGCUGCCCAACGGAUGCCAACUCAUUCAAGUCUGAAAUGAGUCUCUGCUUCACUGCAGAAGAAUCGUCUGAGCCAAGGUUUGCGUGCCAUUAGCAUAGUAUGCAAUAAUCUGUGUUUUUUAUGGGAAUACAAAGGUACUGUGAACCGAAGCACUUGAUGAGAUUCUGUUUUUAGUCAGAACAGAUAAAUAAAUAAAAAGUAAAAAAGCAAUUGUUAAUAAUCAAACAUCCUGAACCAGCGAUGCACUAAGAUUGAUUUGAAUGUUUCUUGCACCAAUCAAAGGGCUAAAAGCAGUUAUUUGGACGUGUGGUUCAUAAGAAACCCUGAUGGGUCAUAUUGCUGCAUAUUUACCUCUUUCAUUGUACAUUAUUUGAUUGUAAAAUUUGACAGUUGCUGCUUUGUGAUGCUAUGCUGAAUCAGUAAGAUGUGUAUCACUGGCUGCUUUUUAAAAUCCUUCUGCUUGUUCAUAAGUCCAUGUGUUUAGACGACGCUUCUCUCUCUGGACCUGCGUCCGGCGACAGACUGUGAGCAGCUAGCCGGUCUGCAGGUCAGACCAUCACAGGAUCCCGUCCAGUGGCUUCAGCUGCCUGGUUACUGAACCAGAGGUUGCUGUGACUCUCACCCCACCAAGAGCAGGAGGAUGGUGUCAGUCGCUAGCCAGCCACUGCCAAUGGGCCCGAUCCACCCCCUAUCACUAUUCUCCUCCAACCCUGCACCACCUGCCCACGGCAUCAGCUCGGGUGCGAGGUUUCUCCAGGUGUGUGCAGGAGACGAGGGGUCCGUCAUCCAUCAAGUACAUUUAUUUCUGCUGCCUUUUAACCACCGGAUCUGAAGAUUCUGUCACCUAUGUAUGUUAGGCAUAUUUUAUUUUAGUUACUGAAUUCAAUGCAAUAAACAACAUAUGGUCAA